ACAUAUUGCCUAAAAGAAAACAAGCAUAUGCAACGUGAUGCCACCACCCGUAGCAACAUCUUGUGGUAAACGCGGUGCUAAAUCUCCCUUACCAAUAAUAGAUUGCUCUAAAAAAAUUUCUAUAGUUUGCUCUCAUUCAUCAUUCGGUUCUUUUCUAGUAAGUUCGAACGUUAAUGUCAUGGUGAAUUUCUUUUGUUUUAAUCUCCCAAAAAUGCUAAACUCUUUUUGCUUUCAGAAAGAAUAUUCGUCAUUGCCUGUCUCGUGUGGGCCUCCAAAAAAAGAUACCAAUAAAAAGGACACCGAAGUAGCGCAUAAUUUUAAUUUUAAUGAUGUAGCGCCUAGCCUGAAUGAUUCCAAUAAGAAACCUUCACAUGUCACCUUAGAAUUAAGGAACAACACAGCAUCAUCACCUUCUACUUUAGACGAAGCGAAAACUGCCAAAAUAAAUAUUUGCGUUCCAUCUUGCGAAGUUUUAACAGAUUCCCAUCCUGGGGUAUCAAUUAAGGAAUAUGACACAUCAUCAAGUUGCGAAACAAAACCUGAAAUACCUUGUUACUCAAUUCGUGCGGAUAAAAAAAUAAUCUCUAUUUUUGUGAAAGACGAAAAUAAGAACUAUUUGGAUUGGUUAUGUCAGGAUGAAAUUUGUAUGAAUUUAGAGUUAAAAAAUAAUAAAUUUUAUCAAAAACAAAAUCCUGGUGAAGUAAAAAAAGGAGUAAUACAAACUGAAGAAUUGGGAGUAGAAAAAGUAGCGUCUAUGUUUAUGCACCCAAUCAGAAAAAUAGAACCAUCACAUCUAUCGUUUGAGCGACCAGUUCAUUAUAUUCGUUUUAACAAUGCGACAAAAAAACCAAAGCACUAUGUGUUUGGUAAAAUGCUAACAACUUAUUGUUUUGCAAUCGAAGAUUUUGUUUUUCUUUUAAAUCUUAUUUGUUAUCAAGCAAAAUUACUUUCUCGUACUUUAACGAUCCCCUUCAUACGUUUGCUACUGUCGCAAUGUUUGACUAAGCGGAACAUUCCAUCAAACUCCAACACUGCUUUAAAAAGGCCUUGUUAUACUUCAUCACCUUUUGUUCAUUCUACAGUAGUAACAAAAAAUGCUAAUGGUAGCCAUGAAGCGAGUGCGCCUUGUUCUUUUGAGUCUAAGGAUACGCAUCCUGUACAUGUCAGUCAAAAAUCGUCUGUUUUCUCGUACGCCUUAAAACGUCCAAAACCAUUUUGGCAGUUUAUUAAAAGCAAACCCUAUGCUUUAUCAAAUAUGGAUGACUCAUUACUGAUGUCUUACAAAAAGCUCAUGGGGCCGUAUAUAACUGAUGAAGUAUUUUUAUACCUUAUAAAUUUAUUUGAAACGCUUACAGACACCCAUGAGCCUAUAUCUUUAGAAAUCGCUGUAUCAGAAACUCAUCAACAUUUAGGACUGUUGACACCUACAACAUCGGUUCUUCGGGAAACGUAUUUUUACUGGAUUUCAAGACGGGCGGCCACUGGAAAACCAUUAUUACGCGAAUAUUGGCCUAUUCCUAGUGGCUCGGACAACAAUAGUUUUACCGUAUUUCGUACCAGAGCAAAAGAAAAAAUGUUGUUACGCCGCCCACGGCGAAGCAACAUUGAUUUUACUUAUCAACUAAAAAAAUUUGAUUUGCAGCUAGGUAUACUUGAAAGUUUUUUUGUAGAAUGUUCGGUUCUCCAUUCAAUAAAACUAAAAUUAUUUUAUUUGGACGCCUGUUUAUUCCAGCAAAUUUGUAAACAACGAAAAAAUCCAGCAUAUAUUAAUCCUUUAUGGAGAAAAAUGUGUCAGGAGUUACAGAAUGAAUGUGGAAGCAUAAAUGUUCCAUGCCAUUUUCACGCCGUGAAAUGUAACACGAACACAAGUGAGAUUUCCAACUCGGGCACAACAAGAAUGGAUGCCGGAUCUAAAAAACGAAAAGUAGACAGCUUAUUAAAAAAAGGAGAGACUCAAAGCAAAACGUUAGAAGAUAAUUACUCCGACAAAGAAAGUGAAGUACAAUUUUUGAAAAGACGCCGUAUUUGUUCAACUACAAAAAACUUUAAUGCUAAAGCUCAAUUUCCUUUGGCACAACCCAUCAUAAGUUGUAUGGAAUGUAAUACGUCCGAUUGUUAUAGUUCUGACGAAUCUCCCUAUUUUCCAUCCAAAUUAAUAACUAAGCAUUUCCUUCCAAAAAAACGUUAUAAACCUAGCACUCCACUUUCAACAAAAAGCAACGUUGCGUUAAAUCGCUCAUCUUCGCCUGAACAUUCAUCACAAUCAAGCUUCACUCUAAACAAUGAAAAUUCUGUAAAUCAGUCAAGCAGAGAGUUUUUGUGUACACUAGGGUCAGAUUAUAUACAAAGUGACAGACAAGUAGAAAGUGAUAUGUGCUGCUUUGUUUCUCCUAUUCCACUCCCCCCUGUUUAUUUAAAUCUCCCUUUCCCUAGCUGUUCAUCUGUUCUUCAAGAAGCAUUAAGAAGUGUCUGGGUCUCUUCAGAAGACGCAAGUUCUCCUCCUAUUGGUUACAUAAAGAACUCAUUGUCUGAUCAAACUCGAUUUAAUUUUUUAUCUCCAAUGAAUGUAUUUUCAAAUGUUGCCCAAGAUAGACAAUCAAAGAAAAUGUGUGCUUCAUACCCUAUACCAGAACUUCGUGCAACUAAUAGUAUACAAAGUUUAUCUUUCAAUGAACAAAAGUUUUCAUGUCACAAACCAACGUCAGAAACCACUUUUGCUGAAUCAGAUGGAUUCUUACCUAUUUACCGACAGUCACUUAUGUGUCUUCCCCCUCAUGUACGUCAUGAAAAAAACCGACGUCUGGUUAUACCUUACUCACCCGAUAAUUGUUUAGAUACGUCGGAAUGCUGUAAUGGAUCAAAAUUCGAGUUAGGGCGGCCUUAUUUAGAUUCUUCUACAAUGCGAGUUACUAUGCGUAUUGGUCGAGGAGGUAGGAGGCGACCCUGGUUAGAUCGGCAUCGCUAUGUGUUACCGAAUUUAAGUAAUCUAGCACCAAGGUCUUUACCUUUGACAUGCUCCCAAAGUCAAGCGGCUUUCCCUAUUGUUUGUGAUUCAACCGAAUUAUUUAUGCAACAAUACUUGCAAAGCCAUACGCGUCGUUUGAUAUCCGCUUAUAAAUUUAUUUCGGCGAAUCAUACAAUUGCAUCUGAGUCGGUUCAAACGUUACAAUGUAUAGUAAAUAACAUUGGAAAAGAUACUACAUCAAAUGUGGCUAUAAAAAAAAAUUAUAACGUAUAUGAUAUGCAGGACUGUAGUACAAUUCUACCACUCCUGCUCAAGUUCAGCGAGUCACAUCAGGUAAAUAUCGCAAGAGAUAUUCAACCCAAAGGAAGGAAAAAUACUAAUAUAUCUGUAACGCCCCAAGAAACGUUAUACCCAAUUGUUUUGGAUUCAUGCAACAAGUCUAUAUCUUUAAAUUUUACAUUUUAUAAUGCUCUUUCACCUCAAAGCAAGACUUUACUUGACUCUGCAUAUACAAUUAUAUGUGGGGUCCAUAACUCUGGAUUUUACCCAACAGGAUUUGGGGGCAAUGAGUGUUCUCUUACUGGAACAAUGCGUUCUGAUACAGAACCACCCUUCACAGGUAUUUUGGGCGUUGACGGUGUUUCGUCUUCAGGAGGUUUUCAUUUAUUCUCUAUACCCCGUCACCGUGUCCUCACCCUUUCACGUUGUCAUUGUUUUCCUGGAAAUAUUUCAUCUUUAGAACACUCGAAUAUAUCCUCCACUACCAAUAUUGGUGGAAGAAGAAAUUCAGUCAUUUCUGGAACUUCAAGAAAUCAUCCUUCAGAUAAACAUAAUAAUUCAGUAUCGCAACAUCAGAAAAAAUAAUGAAAAAAAAUUAUUAUAUUGCUCAAACAAUUUUUGUAUCCAAAAUGACUAUAACCGUAGAUGUUUUUUUUUUCACACGCUUGAUGAAAACAGCUAUUUGUUGGUUUAAAAAAAAUUAAUUCUUCUAUCUAUAUUAAUAAUCAUUUUGGAGCCUGAGCACAAAUCCUGCGAUGAGGUGUAUCUUCGACCUUAAAAAGACAAAAUUGAUGUUUUAUUCAUAAAAUUCAAUAAACUUUUUCUUUUUCCUGGUUGACGCACUACCUUUUUGAUAAAUUUUAAAAUGUGUUUUCACUGGUACGCUAAAUAAAUGAUAACACAAAUAAUUUUAGGUUUUAUGAAUACAAAAAUUUUCAAUUUUAAUGCCUCCAAUCUAAUGUCGUAACAUCAUGUUUCUCCUUUCUGAUUUUUGUCUACACUCUACUAUUGAGCAACAUAAUUUUUUUUUAGUAAUCUUUUCCGUUUUUAUUAAUUCAAAACAAAUAUAUGUGAGUCAAGUUAUUUUGCUGUAGUAUUAAAAGUUUUGUACAAUUCAUGCAAAAAGAAAAGAGAUUUUGUUUUUGUUCUACUUUUCUUAAUAAUUUAUAUAACAAUUAAUUCCAUGGUCGAUUUAACAAAGGUUAUUUUCCUACACUGGUCUUUAGAAUAGAAAUCGGUUGUUAUUUUAUUUGAUGCUAAGACAUUAGAACUUGAUCGAUUUAGAAUUUCCACUAACGAUAUGACAGCAUAUCAAUUAACAUAGUAUGGAAUUUCUACGUUAGGUUUUGAAGUUUCAGCAUAGGCGUUUGCCUUGUAUAUAUUUUUAUAAUCAAGACGAUUUUUAAAUAACGAACUUAUUAGACCAAAUUUUACAUAAUACGAAAAAAAAUGACAAUGUCCGAGU